UCGCCGCUUGGUGGCGAUGCUGCAUUCAUAUAUUGAAUGGGACGAAGAAGACCAAGCAGACUCUGCAGGGAGGAGAGGGAUUCGGACGAUGUCGUCCUCGGACCCGCAGCCGCGGUUCGGUCAGUCCGUCAAAGGCCUGCUAUCAGACAAGGUGGGCUCGUGCAGUGGGGACGUCAUCGCGCUCACGCGCCAGGUGCUGAAGGGGUCUCGAAGCCAGGAGCUUCUCAGUCAGGCGGCGAGGAACAUGGUGAUCCAGGAGGACGCCAUCCUUCAUGCUGAGGACAGUCUGAGGAAGAUGUCCAUCAUCACCACACACCUGCAGUACCAGCAGGAGGCCAUCCAGAAGAAUGUGGAGCACUCCAAGAACCUCCAGGACCAGCUGACCCACCUGCUGAAGUGAAGCUGCCUGCAGGGGGCGCAGCAGCAGAGUCAGGGUGGUGGCAGACCUGUCACGUCAGUGGGAACAGACCUUCACGCCUUGAAAAAACAUCUCCUGGUCCUUCUCAAAGCUGUGCUUCUUUCUCCGCCUCAGGCGCUGGUCAUGUGGGAGGUCCUAAAACCACAUCAGGACGUGUUUCUUCGUGGAGAACAAAUGUUUCAAUUGGAGCAUUUCUGUUGUUCUGGAAUCUUCUCUGCAUUAAAUGAUGAACCCAGUCAUCUGUGUUCAAUACAAACAGCUGAUUUACAGAAUAUUCCACAUCUAUGCAGAUUAUAUAUCCUGCUGAUGUUUCUGAGCAUCCCCAUCUGAGAGAAACUCUGAAACUGCCGUCACGUGAGCUGAACAGAACGUGGAUUGAAACUGCAUGCGGCUGCAGAGUGGACGUAGGACCCCCCCGGUCUGUUUGUGUCUGAAGAUGCUGCCUGAGAUUGGAGGUGCAGAGAUGACCAUGAAGCCUCGACCUUCACGAUAACCAGCUUAGACGCAAACUCCUCUGAAGGUCGUCCACCCGAGCGACCCUGACGGCCUCCCCGACGCUCAAGCACGUGCUGGUCUGCACGCCUGAACCAGCCGCUCUGCAGAACGGUGUGGAAGAGACUCGAAACUCCGGCUGGUUUUCAUCAGAACUUAAUGGAGGCUGAACCUGAUUUGAACCAAAUUUGCUCCGACGGGUAAAGUCGUCUUGUGGUUUCCAUGGCGCUGGCAAUGGUUUCAGUCAUUCGUGCCAUAAAGAUGUUUCACAAACGAGGACAGCAUUUGACGUCAGAGGAGCUAGCCUUCUUCACGUGAGCAGCAAGGACAUCUUGGUCUUAUCUGAGUCCUGAUGAAGGUUCAGGGCAGGUAUUCCUCAAAACUCUCCCAGAAUCUCUUCAGACCUUCAGUGACGGUGUGUUCUUUGAUGCAGACAUGAACCCUGACCUCAGAGGAAAUGCUUGUAUAGGGACCUUAACCCAUCAGAACCCAGACCCAUUUUCCUUCAAAAUAAAACGAUGUGGAAUAUACCACAAACCAAGUGAA